CAGAUUUCUGUAUUCAGAUGAAGUUCAAAUCGGCCCAGAAACAGUAAUGACCACUCUUUAUACUGCUAAGAAAUAUGCAGUCCCAGCCUUGGAAGCACAUUGUGUGGAUUUUCUCACCAAACAUCUCAGGGCAGAUAAUGCCUUUAUGUUACUUACUCAGGCUCGAUUAUUUGAUGAACCUCAGCUUGCUAGUCUUUGUCUAGACACAAUAGACAAAAGCACAACGGACGCAAUAAGUGCAGAAGGGUUUACUGAUAUUGACAUAGACACACUAUGUGCAGUUCUAGAAAGAGAUACACUUAGUAUAAGAGAAAGUCGACUUUUUGGAGCUGUUGUACGCUGGGCAGAAGCGGAAUGUCAGAGACAACAAUUGCCUGUGACUUUUGGAAACAAACAGAAAGUUUUAGGAAAAGCUCUUUCCUUAAUCCGGUUUCCACUGAUGACAAUUGAGGAGUUUGCAGCAGGUCCUGCUCAAUCUGGAAUUUUGUCAGAUCGUGAAGUAGUAAACCUCUUUCUUCAUUUUACUGUCAAUCCUAAACCCCGAGUUGAAUACAUUGACCGACCAAGAUGCUGCCUCAGAGGAAAGGAAUGCUGCAUCAAUAGAUUUCAGCAAGUAGAGAGCCGCUGGGGCUACAGUGGAACAAGCGAUCGGAUCAGGUUCACAGUUAAUAGAAGAAUCUCUAUAGUCGGAUUUGGCUUAUACGGAUCUAUUCAUGGUCCUACGGAUUAUCAAGUAAAUAUACAGAUCAUUGAAUAUGAAAAAAAACAAACCCUGGGACAAAAUGAUACCGGAUUUAGUUGUGAUGGGACUGCCAGCACAUUCAGGGUCAUGUUCAAAGAACCUAUAGAGAUCCUGCCCAACGUGUGCUACACAGCAUGCGCAACUCUCAAAGGUCCAGAUUCCCACUAUGGCACAAAAGGAUUGAAGAAAGUAACGCAUGAGACACCUGCUGCGAGCAAGACUGUUUUUUUCUUUUUUAGUUCCCCUGGCAAUAAUAAUGGCACUUCAAUAGAAGAUGGACAAAUACCAGAAAUAAUAUUUUAUACAUAACUUAGCAUUAUAAUACGUGUUGGCUAAAUGGUACCAUACAAUCUAGUCUCAAAGGCAUAAAUAACUGGCCAUAAAAAAUAAUUUGAGCAUUCUAAAUGUUUAUAAUUGUAAGACAAGAAACAUUUUAGUUUCUCAGAGGAGAUAGAAAAAUGUUGGUUUAAAUCUCUGCAUGAUUUAAAGGCAGAUUUUCCAUUUUCUUAUAACCUUAGGGGAAAAGAGAACUGGGUUUAAUUGUUUUUAAAAAGCACACCUAUUUCAGCUUCAUCUUGUAUAACUUCAUAGCUCAGCUGACUCAUGGUCUUUCAAUAAAUAGUUUUGGAAUUGAAAGAUUUGUGUUACAUAUAGCCGAUUUGUUUUUUGUUUUUGCUUUAACUAUUUUGAAGCUUAGAUAAGAUGGGCAAAUAGGCUUACCUGUUUUGAAGGGUAGAUGAGAUGGGUCAGUAUUCCUACAGAAUUCCUAUGAACUGAUUUACUUUUGGGGUUUUGAAAUAUCUGGUUGUUAGUAUUUGGACUAAUAGGCCUAAUAAAUGCCCAAGAAAAUUUUCAGUGCAUUUACAGAAAAGGAUAUUUUGUAAUAGUAUAGUGUUACAUAGUACAGUUUUAAAACUAUAAGUGGAAUUUGUAUAAAUUCACAAUAAUGUGAUAUAAACAAAGACUGGAAAAGUAUAGUCUAAGACUGGAUUCUUUAUCGCUCAACUGCACCACCGUACCUGUCUGUCUGUAUGAGGGAUGCUGAUGAUGAUUCCCGAGGGUUGAGAUGAUGAUGGGGAUGAUGACUGGGUCAACAGACGUCACUUCAACAUUGUGAUAGUCAUACACAGCAGGAAACCGAAUAGGAUACUAACAUUUCUAACAACUACUUUGAAGUUGUAAAGAUAACCAACAGAAUCAUUCUUGCUGAAAAGUAUGCUGUCAACCACACAAUUCUAUCCAAGAGGUAAAAUAUGUAUAAUAUUCAUGACCUCAUUAAUGUCACUGGUACAGCUGUAUUAGGAGGGGAUAAGAAGUAUAUGUGGCAGAAUAACAUUUAUACACUUCUUUAUAAAUCAAUUUUUUGAUAUAUAAAUGAAAUAACAUUCAUUUUUUUCUCUUGAAAAUGAUUAUCUUAUUAAAAACUUAAGUGUAAUUAACUUUAUCAAAUAGUUGUGGAUGAUGAUUAAAAAUCAAAAUUCUUUUAAGUAUCAACUGAAAAAGAAUUUUUUCUAAAUAGUAAUUAGGAUAUAAAAAUUAUUUCAUCUAAAAUAUUUAUUUUUUUAUUUUCAAGAAGGUAGUAAGGUUGUGUUGUUGGCUGAGAUAUCUUGAAAUUGCUGGGGGGAAAAAAAGAAAUUUUUCUCUCUUGUACCAUGUCCUUAGGGAUACAAACCUCAGUUAACGGGAAUACCUACAGAAUGUGUGGUUAUGGUUAAAUAAAGAUUAAUCAGCAAACACUGUGUAGUAACCAUUAUAGAAAAUACUUCUGCAUUAAAAAGUGUGGUAUGCUAGAGAUAAGGUAGUGUUUUUUGGCGUUUGAGGCAUUUAAUAUGCCUCAAGUAUGUUGUACUGAACGAUUGUAACUGAAUGUAGCUGUAGAAGGUACAAGAAACGGAACUGUUUACUGACAUUGAAACAGCCCCUGGGAUUCGUUUUUUAAAUAAAUAUAUAUUAUCCUUUUA